UCGAGAUGGGGCUAGGCUACGGCUUAGAGAUAACAUUAGGUACUAUCAUCGAUUUCGUCAACUUAUUAAGUAGGUAGUUAACCGUCCUCCAUGAAAAAGACGUCGUGAGCAUUAUAUCCAUGAAAACAAUUUGACAUUUGAAUAUUAAUUAUUUACAGAGGAAUACGAUGACAUGGGUAGGCUCAUCAGAUCAUGUAGUGGAGAAGUAAGUGUAAAUAAGUGUGAGGGUAUGUGCAGUAGCCAAGUCCAGCCAUCUGUAUCCACUGCAACAGGAUUUUUAAAGGAAUGUUUCUGCUGCCGAGAAAACUUUCUUCGGGAGAGAUUAGUCACACUUACACAUUGCUACGACCCUGAUGGCUUGAGGCUCGAAGAUGAAGACCGCGCCAUAAUGGAAGUCCGUUUGCGAGAGCCUGAUGACUGCAAAUGUUACAAAUGUGGAGACUUCAGUCGAUAGUGAAACUCGUUAUUUUGGAAUUUGUCAUGAAGAUAAUUUUGUUCAUACGCGAAUCGAAUCAACCUUAGCAAUUUAACUAAUUGAAUGAAAUGUAUUAAAUAUGUGAUCAAGGCCUUAUAUAUUUUUAAAUAAAAUAAACAAUUUGAAUUUUCGUAAAUGAACUUAUUUUUUUUUUUAUUUCAAAUAGGUGACUCUCAAAUGUGCUCAAAACAAUUACUAGAGUACACGAGGAAAUAACUAU